UCAUAAUAAAUGACACUGUUAAUCAUGUUAAUCGUGUUUCCGGUUUGACAGGAAGUGGCUGAGCCACUACAGGACCUGAAGGAGGGCAUGGAUCAGCUGGAGAAGAACAGAACGCUGCGCUUCAUCUUUUCGACUCUGCUGGCGAUCGGAAAUUUCCUAAACGGCUCCAGCGCCAAAGGCUUCGAUCUGAUGUAUCUGGAGAAGGUCCCUGAGGUGAAGGACACGGUUCAUAAGCAGUCGCUCCUGCAUCACGUCUGCAGCAUCGUGGUGGAGAACUUCCCCGACGGCACAGACCUGUACUCUGAGAUCGGCGCCGUCACACGCUCCGCUAAAGUAACACACGCUCCGCUAAAGUAACACACGCUC